AUGAACUGUGACAGGUUGACGCUUGGAGUAAUAAUGGGCACAUUUCUGAUAUGCUGGCUACCAUUUUUCAUUGUAAAUAUUAUUCGUUCGUUCUUUCCCGGCAGAGUGUCUGACGUACAAUUUGUGGCUGUUACUUGGCUAGGCUAUGCUAAUUCAACAGCGAAUCCAAUCAUAUAUACUAUUUUGAACAAGGAUUUUCGAACUGCAUUUAAAAGGAUAUUAUUUGGAAAA